UGAUAAUCUAGAUUUUGCUUGAAAUUAAUCUACCAACUGCACUCCCCCACGUGACGCCAUUCUCUAGACGACAACCACUGCCAGUGGAGCCAACUGUAUGCAGAGGAUCUCGACGGAUAUCUAUCUUGGAGUCCCAAUCUUGUUCAAAUCCUUGCAUCAUCCGCGGUACAGCGCAUGUUGAAGAUUAUGGACCCCGGGCCGGGCAACCGUGACCAGCCAAGGUCAUUCCCGAAUCUCAAACACUUGGACUCAAUCAUUACCAACCCAUGUCUACUCAAUACUAUCUCGGAGUCGACGUAGGCACUGGCUCCGCCCGUGCCGCUCUUGUCUCUGCCAGUGGCCAUCUCGCUGCCUCCGCUACGGUCGAUACCGAGACGUACCGUGAUCCCACGGACCACCGCAUCUUCGAGCAAUCGACCGCCAACAUCUGGGCCGCGAUCUGCCGCGCUGUAAGCGAGUGUUUGGCGAAGUCGGGUGUACGACAGGAGGAUGUGCGGGGGAUCGGGUUCGACGCGACGUGCUCGCUCGCUGUGACGGACGAGGCGGGGCGUGGGGUGUGUGUCACGCGGGGUGCGGGGCUUGGAGAAUACGGGGAACGGGAUAUCAUUCUCUGGGCCGAUCACCGGGCGGAGAAGCAGGCUGGACUGAUCAACGAGACCGGGUCCGUCGUGCUGGACUACGUCGGCGGGACCAUGAGCCUGGAGAUGGAAAUCCCAAAGGUCCUCUGGCUCAAGCAACACAUGGACCCGACCCGCUUCUCGCGCUGUCACUUCUUCGAUCUUCCCGACUUCCUCACGUAUCGCGCGACGGGCGAUCGAACGCGGUCAGCGUGCUCUCUUACGUGCAAGUGCUCGUUCGUGCCCAACGCCGGAUGGAACGACGCGUUUUUUCGUCAGAUCGGACUCGCAGAACUCGUCGAUCGGGGGUACGCCCAACUCGGCGCAGCGGGUGGCCCGCAAAGCGUGCUGACAGCAGGGAUGCCUGUGGGGAAGGGCCUGUCCAAGCAGGCUGCCCAGGAUCUAGGAUUGCUGGAGGGCACUCCCGUGGGAAGUGGUGUCAUCGACGCAUAUGCAGGCUGGCUGGGAACUGUUGCGGCACGGGUGACGGAGAACGGCUCUCUGUCUCCUCCGCCAGAACUUGGAGACUCAAGGCACCGUCUGGCAGCUGUCGCGGGAACGAGCACUUGCCAUCUUGUUCAGAGCCCGGAAGGUGUCUUUGUCAAUGGAGUCUGGGGGCCGUAUAAGGACGCGGCGUUCCCAGGCUGGUGGAUGAACGAAGGCGGGCAAUCGUCCACAGGACAGCUGAUUGAUUUCAUUCUGACGACACACCCUGCUUAUGCUGCAACAAAAGCCAAAGGAAACGUGUUUGCGUUGCUCGAGGAGGAGUUGGAUCGCUUGUGCCAGGCGGAAGGAGCGGAGAGCAUCACUGAACUAAUUCGGGGUGCAUGGAUGUAUCCCGAUUUCCAUGGGAACAGAUCCCCCAUCGCCGAUCCUCAGAUGCGGGGUGUUUUGGGUGGACUGACGCUGGAUUCUGGGGUCUCUGAUCUUGCACGCAAGUACGCACUGACACUGGAGGCCAUCGCACUGCAAACGAAGCACAUCAUCGACGUCCUGAACGGCCGAGAGGGUGGAGUCAAGAUCGUUGGUGGAGAGAGCCCCAAGCCCGGGCACGAGAUCGAUUCGAUAUAUGUUUCCGGAGGCCAAGCUCGCAACUCGGCACUGAUGACGUUGAUUGCUGAUGCCUGCGGGAUGCCGGUAGUCGUGCCAGCAUCGGAAGAUGGCGGAGACGGAGCUGCAGUCGUGCGUGGCGCGGCUGUUCUGGGUCGUUAUGCUGCCGAGUCUGCAGAGCAGAACAAGGAAGCAGAGACUCUUUGGCGCGUCAUGGUCGAGAUGACACCACCUGCGUCCAUCAUUGCCCCUCGCGCUGCUCCCCGAGUCAAGCGGCUCCUCGAUGCUAAAUACAGCAUGUUCAGAGAAAUGAUCGAUUUCCAGAAACGAUGGCGCGGGGAAAUGGAAAAGGUGAUGCGAGACUAGGAUGCUUGAAUUGAUGGCUUGCCCUGAAAAAAAAGUAUUUAUGUAAGUACGUAUCCCUCAUGUGGAAUCCAUCUCUCGAAACAGAAUACAUAUUCCAAAAUAGGAUCAA